UCCCACCGUUCUACGUCGCGGAUUCCCUUUUCGACCUUAGUUUUCAUAAUUUUGUGCAUCCGUGUUGUGGUUCUUCCCUUCUAGAAAACAUCAGGGAAGAAGCUUUGGUGGGCCGUUCCUGGACAAACGGCGUUGGUUGCACAAGUGUAUUCCACGAGCAAAGAUAGCGUUUUCCCCACGAGCAAGGCUUAUCUCGUUCAGAGAAGACACUUUCCUUCCCGGAUCCAUUCUUACGGUAAUGCCAAGACGCCUGCUUUCCCUAUCGAAUCUUUAUAAGUCCAUGCUGUGCCCCAGUAUGGUGCUUUUUCGGUCACCAGAAUGAAUUCAAUCAAGGACGAUAUGUCGGAUGGAAUGCUGAGCCCGCCGCAAUUGAGCGAGUCCAAGGGAGAGAAGGAUGGAGGAAGCGGAGGGGGAAAGAGGAAGCGAGACAAGAUUCACAGAAGGAGUCGGUGGGCCUGCGAUGAUUGCAGAGGACGCAAGAUCAAAUGCGAUGGCAAAAUGCCAUGUAUGCCAUGUCGUUUGGCACACCAAGGUCGGCCAAUCCCACAACUUUCAUCUUACCCUUUAUGAACGACGCACUGAAUUGUCGCACAGAAUGCAGCUACACUUUCCAACGCAAGUCCAAGUACUCGGGGCCAUUAUACAUUCAAGAAUUGGAAGAGAGAGUGAGGAUGCUCGAGUCAGAAAAUCAAAAUAUAUCUACUGCUUUGCAUGAUGUGUUUCCUAAUCUCGAUAUUCAUUCCCAUGACCUGGCGGAAACAAUUCGGAGGCAGGUCUACGAGUCGAGAAAGCACGACCAAUCCUCUGCCGAUAUGCAACUGAUUUCAAGGCAAGGCGAAUUCCAUUCCGAAGUGUCGAGUAAUCCUGGAGAACUCCUUGAGACGAUGAUCGAGGCUGCUGGCCGGUUGAGCAUCGACGAGGAAGGCCACUGUCAAUACCACGGCGAUUUUGCUGGCAUCGCAUUCUUGCAACAGAUCGAUGAAAGAUGCAGUCAAUUGCUUGGUGUAACACGACCCAAAAGAGGACCAUUCUCGAAGACACCAUUACAGCAAGCCUUUGGAUCUGCGAUACCUUCCAAUCAGCUCUCAGCGGACCCGAUGAUUAUGUUCAAUCUUCCACCCAAAGAGACUGCCCAGCAGCUUACUGGCAUGGCCCUGGACAAUGCUUUCAGUCUGAUGACCUUCAUUCACAAGCCAAUUUUCAACAACCUUCUCACUCGAAUCUAUGCUACCAAACCAGAGAAUUAUUGCACAGAAGAGCUAGCAUUCUUGCCUCUACUAUAUGUCACAUUGGCUAUAGGUGAGCUUUUCUCUGGCUCGGGUAGUGAGGCCCACCCCACUGGUAGCCUCAAUCACAUGAAAGGUGUGAAAUGGUUUCGAGCCGGACAAGCUUUGAUCGAUACAGCAAACUGUCGCGACAUGUUGUCGCUGCAAACCUUGGUCUGCAUUAUAAUAUAUCUUCAGUCCUCUGCUUUGAUGCAUUCAUGUUACUCGUACAUCUCGACAGCGAUCUCAGUCUCGCUCCAAAUGGGGCUACAUCGUGCGGAAACAUCAUUAGACCCCAUCGAGCAAGAGACGCGAAGAAGAGUAUUCUGGGUUCUUCAGACAAUGGAGACAUAUGUGACUACCUUGCUGGGUCUGCCCACAGUCCUGGAUGAUGAAGAUAUUGACCAGGACCUACCACAGUGCGCCGAAGAUUUUCUGAAAGGCUCAGAAAGCACCAGACCCGAAGUGCCAGUUACUCAUCGUCCGGUGGCACCUGUGGUUGCACACAUCAACUUGUUGAAGAUCCAGAGAAGAAUUGUCAAAGAUAUCUAUCCAAGAACGUUGCGUCGUGGAACUGGACGAGCGUAUCGAGUCAACUACGCCCGUGUCCUCGAGUUUGACAAAGAGCUUGAGGAGUGGCACAAGCAGAUCUCUGCUCCAAUGCAGAGUGAAAGCGAUCAACCCGGAAUCAUUAGGACACAACUUCUCCUUCGUCUAGCAUAUGCACAUGUUCAGAUGGUGUUGUAUCGUCCGUUCAUUCUUCACGUUAUUCGAACAUCACCGUCAGAUCCGCCGGACAUGCGUUCUUUCGCUUGUGCCUCUUCUUGUAUCAAAGCCGCUAUGCAGAUAGUAUGGCUAAUUGAGGGUCUUGAACAUCGUGGCCUUCUGAUCAGUGAAUAUUGGUUCACAGUAUACAUUACGUUCUUCGCCGUUAUGGCUUUGUGCAUGUUUAUCAUUAGCAAUCCUGAUGAUCCCACUUUCGAUGAUGCACUAAGUACCGCUGAAAAGGGGAGGCGGAUACUAAUCAAACUGGCGAGCGAAAGCGUACCUGCUGAGAAGUGUGUAGCAUCUCUAGGAACUCUUUUCGAUAAGAUCUCUUUGCUUUGUCUCGAGCACCAGAGAUCUCGCGAAUUAGCGAGAAGUCCACCUCAGGUUACUCAAUCUAUGACUUCUCCAACGCAAUUGUCCUUUGCAAACUUGCCUACUUUUCCAGCUGAGGCUCAAACCCCAUACAGAAAUCUGCCAAACGAUUCUGGAGUUGAUCUCCCAUCUCAACCUGCGCUUACUUUCACAGCUCCCGAAAUACCACAAGGCCCAAAUCAAGACUAUAAUAGUCCCUUCGCAGACACCCAUAUGCAGCAAGGAGGAUUGCUUGCAAUGGCGUAUCCACCACUGGAUGGAUUUACUGCUCAUCCUCAGCAACCUCCUCUACCAAGCCCAAUAUACGGCCAUUUCGCAAGCCCAACUGAUAAUGAGUAUUUUCCGUACUUCAAUGCGGGCUGGGAGGAUGGGAUCCUGCCAUAUCGGGAGAUGGAACAUUGACUUGCAUGCGAGUAGGCCAGGAGGAUUCGAAUUUGAUCUCAACACGUGAUGGAAAUCAAACCUUCGCUGCUGAAAUCAUCGAGAGCUUCUCGUUAUCAUGCUCAACUCCUUCACCUCAACUUCUGUGAUCUCUUCACAAACUACAAACUCCAAACCUAGGAGCAGAGCCAAGAGUCUAUCAUGAGGGGUAAAUCAUGUGAUCAUGCAUGUUCCACGAGGCGCUCCUGCAGCAA